GACUUGAACACGGAGGUCACAUUUUCUUGGAUUUGAGUAGGGUUGGGUAGCGUAGGACGGCCUGUGGGCACAAAUCACUAAACCCAAGAAUCAAUUGAUGGAAACUGAAUCCAUGUUCCUGUUUUCCAAUUUCAGCUACAGCAGAAUUUGUUUACUGCAAUAAGGAACAUUGUAAGAGAGAGAAAAUCUGCAAAGGGUUUUUUGGAGUUCGUUGAAUCACGCUCAUAUCCACAGCGCCUAUCAUCGUCAUCCCCGUCAUCACCAUCAUCUCCCUUCUUCAUGUUGAUGCAUCAAUCAAGAAAUAGAAAGAGAAAGACAGGAAAAAAGUGAAGGACAAAAAAAACUCACUAAAUAACGGUGUUUAUUUGUGCACGUUAUAGUAUAGAUACAGAGGUAUAUAUUUUUGGGUGCAUAUGUAUAUAGGCGUUUUUGGAUGGAUCUAUAGAUCUAACGCUUUGGACAACAAAUGGGUUGCUGCGUUUCUUUCAGAUCUCUGUCUUUGUCAUCUGGUAUGAUUCAGAGAGACUGGUGACUGGGGACCUGGAGAAUUUUAGCCAGAGUUCUGUUUGCAUCCAUUUUGGAUGUUGAGGAUUAGGUGGUACAUAGGGGUGAAAUGAGGGAUGUUAUCAAGAUUGAUAAAUUUUCUGCAGAAAUGCUGGCAACGUACAUUGGACCGUCAUAUGCACACUGGUUCUGAUACAACUGGCUGGCAAGAUGGUUUGCUAUGGUAUAAAGAUUCUGGGCAGCACCUAAUUGGUGAUUUCUCCAUGGCUGUUGUGCAAGCCAACAAUUUGCUUGAGGAUCAAAGUCAGAUUGAGUCGGGUUCCUUGAGCUUGCUGGAUUCUGGCCCGUAUGGAACAUUUGUGGGAGUAUAUGAUGGUCAUGGCGGGCCUGAGACAUCACGCUACAUCAACGAUCAUCUCUUUCAGAACUUGAAGAGGUUUGCUGCCGAGCAGAACUCCAUGUCAGUAGAUGUAAUACAGAAUGCAUUUCAGGCAACAGAAGAGGGAUUUAUAUCUGUGGUUGCCAAAGAAUGGUCGAUGAAACCGCAACUGGCUGCUGUUGGUUCUUGUUGCCUGGUGGGUGUGAUUUGUAAUGGUACCCUUUACAUUGCUAACCUUGGUGAUUCCCGAGCAGUUUUGGGAAGAGUUGUCAGGGAAACUGGUCAAGUUCUUGCCAUCCAGCUAUCAGCUGAACAUAACGCAAGCAUAGAGUCAGUCAGACAGGAGUUGCAUUCUAUGCAUCCAGAUGACUCGCAGAUAGUAGUUCUUAAGCAUAAUGUGUGGCGUGUGAAGGGCUUGAUACAGGUUUCUCGAUCUGUUGGUGACGUAUAUCUGAAGAAGGCUGAAUUCAACAGGGAACCUUUAUAUGCCAAGUUUCGUCUCCGUGAACCUAUUAAAAAGCCCAUAUUAAGCGCCGAUCCAUCAAUUUCAGUCCUUGAACUUCAACCACAUGACAAGUUUCUCAUAUUUGCUUCUGAUGGUCUUUGGGAACACCUUAGCAAUCAGGAGGCAGUUGACAUAGUACAAAAUCAACCCCACCAUGGAAGUGCUAAGAGGCUAGUCAAAGCCGCAUUGCAGGAAGCAGCAAAGAAAAGAGAAAUGAGAUAUUCUGAUCUGAAGAACAUCGAUCGUGGGAUCCGGCGGCAUUUUCAUGAUGACAUCACAGUGAUAGUUGUAUUUCUAGACUCCGAUCUUGUCAGUCGAGCGAGCUCGUUGAGGGGCCCCACUUUAUCCAUUAGAGGAGGCGGCAUCAAUAUCCCGGCAAAAACUUUAUCUCCUUGUGCAGCUACAUCCACAGAAAUCAGUGCCACUUAAGUUUUCCUUUGUGCUGCGUUCUUCUGGGAAUUUCAUGUGAUACCUAUUAGAGAAUGUGCAAUCCUAAUUUAUUCUUUCGUGUAACAAUGUAACGUUUAACUUGAAAACCUUCGUUUCAUUUAGUUUCUGAGCAGAAAAAAGAAAGGAUGAAAGAAUCAGGUAAAUAGAAGAUUCAAAAUUACAGUAGAGAUUCUUUCUUUGAGACCAUAUCUUUUAUUCAUCUAUAUACAUUUUCCCCUCUUUUCUCCCUGAAAUUGUGUGAUGUAAAUGGUAACUAAAGUUUCUGGAA